CACUUAAUUCAGCAAUAAAUUUCAAUAAAACGCGAGUAAACAGCUUCAAAAAUCAAUUUUAAUGUAAAUGACAUUGUUCUUCAGAUGGAUCUUUAUUUUGAAGUAUACAACUGGAUGUAACAUUUUUAUAUCAGCUACCUUUACACUGAUGUCGCUGUACAAAACACACUGUGCAGACCUCCCUGCUUCGCGUUUAUCCAAUUACUCCGACAACUACUCCGGAACACCUUCUUAAAGACGACUGUAAAAUAUGGAGGGUUUUCAGUGAAGUAACAGGAUUACUCACACUGUACACAUUUUCUACCAUCCUUUUCCUCAGGACACCUGGACACUCCUUGUUUUUUUGUACGCUGGAUGUGGAUCAAAUUCAGCAGGGAUCCCAGCCGAUAUUCCCUGGUGGUUUGUCUGUAGGAAAUGGCAGCUGCUCUCAGUGGCAGAAACCCUGGUGGACGUGGACCAAACCGAAGUAAGGUGCGGAUUUUAGGCAUCAUUGAUGCCAUCCAAGAUGCAGUGGGGCCACCGAAACAAGCAGCUGCUGAUCGGCGAACUGUGGAGAAAACCUGGAAAUUCAUGGAUAAAGUUGUCCGGCUGUGCCAAAAUCCCAGACUCCAGCUGAAAAACAGUCCACCAUACAUCCUGGAUAUCUUACCUGAUGCCUACCAGCACCUGCGGCUUAUACUGGGCAAAUAUGAAGAGAGCCAGAGACUCACACAGCUCAGUGAGAAUGAGUACUUUAAAAUCUACAUAGAUAGCCUAAUGAAGAAAUCCAAACGGGCCAUUCGGCUCUUUAAAGAGGGAAAGGAGAGGAUGUACGAGGAGCAGUCACAGGACAGGAGGAACCUGACCAAGCUGUCUCUGAUCUUCAGUCACAUGCUGGCUGAAAUCAAAGCAAUCUUCCCUGGAGGACAGUUCCAGGGAGACACUUUCAGGAUCACCAAAGCUGAUGCUGCUGACUUUUGGAGGAGAUUUUUUGGAGAAAAGACAAUAGUGCCGUGGAAAGUCUUCCGACAGUGCCUUCAUGAACUGCAUCCCAUCAGCUCAGGCCUGGAGGCCAUGGCCCUCAAAUCCACCAUUGACCUUACCUGCAACGACUACAUUUCUGUGUUUGAGUUUGACAUCUUCACACGCCUCUUUCAGCCAUGGGGAUCAAUUUUGAGGAACUGGAAUUUCCUGGCAGUGACACAUCCCGGCUACAUGGCCUUCCUUACCUAUGAUGAAGUCAAAGCCAGACUGCACAAAUACAUCAACAAGCCUGGCAGUUACAUCUUCAGACUGAGUUGUACACGGCUGGGCCAGUGGGCCAUCGGUUAUGUGACCAAUGAUGGCAACAUACUGCAAACCAUCCCCCACAACAAACCACUGUUCCAGGCCCUCAUCGAUGGUUACAGGGAGGGCUUCUACUUGUUCCCUGAUGGUCGCAGUUACAAUCCUGACCUCACUGGUUUAUGUGAACCGAUGCCUCACGAUCACAUCAAAGUGACACAAGAACAGUAUGAAUUGUACUGUGAAAUGGGCUCCACCUUCCAGCUUUGUAAGAUCUGCGCUGAAAAUGACAAAGAUGUCAAGAUUGAGCCUUGUGGUCACCUUAUGUGUACUUCCUGUCUCACAGCCUGGCAGGAAUCAGAUGGUCAGGGUUGUCCAUUCUGCCGUUGUGAGAUCAAAGGCACAGAGCCCAUCAUUGUGGAUCCCUUUGACCCACGAAAUGAGGGUGCCAAGUGCUUCUUCCUGGACCAGCACAGCUGCCACAUGCUGGAGCUGGAUGAUGAAGAAGACCGAGAGGACUGCCUGGUAAUGAAUGGACUGGCCAGCAUCAGGAAGCACUGUGCUGAGCGCCAGAACUCACCCAUGGUGUCCCCCAGCUCUUCACCUGUCAGCCAGCACAGAAAAGUCCAUGGAGGAGACUCCAGUCACUGCAUCCAGCACCUUGGCCUUCCCCCUGUCCCACCACGACUUGACCUCAUCCAGAAAGGUGCUAUCCGCUCCCCUUCUGCCAGUCCAACCGGCUCUCCGAAGUCUUCACCAGGCAUGUCCAGGAAGCAAGAUAAGCCUCUGCCAGCCCCACCUCCUCCCCAGAGGGACCCACCUCCACCGCCUCCCCCUGACCGUCCUCCUCCCAUCCCCCCAGAAUCACGCCACUCUUGGCUCCCCAGUUCCUCUUCCUUGUCCUCUUCUGUGUCAUCUUCUACUGGUGCACUGUCAGACUCCCACAUACCCUCUGAGACGUGGUGUACUAAAGACAACCACUUGGCAGCCCACAGGACUGGAGCUGAACACCAGCUCCAACUUGGAAUCCCCAGCCCAUACCACCUGAAUGGAAGACCACUCAGUUGCCCAUCUGCAGGAUUUGGGAGGUUGCAUCACAGAAUGGAGGCAGCAGGAAACUCAGAGAGCUCUAAGUCCUUCUCUAACGGUGUGCAAGUCAGUGAUGAGUAUGACAUCCUUCCCUCGCGGCUCUCGCCAACUCAGGCCACACUUUCCAGUAGCCACAAACCCUCCAACCCUUUCAGCAGUCCUGUAGUAGAACGACGGCAGACGGUGAUGGAGAGGGUGGAGGAUGACUAUCACAUCCCCUCAUCCAACCUGUGCCUGAGCCAGGCUCCAGUCUGCAUCACUGCACCCGGCAGGCACUUGGAGAAUGGCUCCCCAGAGCCCUCCAGUGAGGAGAAGAAGCCACAGCCUCCUGAGCCUGGUAGACACUCAGAACCGCUCAGGGGGUUGGUGCCAGGGGCAGCACAUACUGCCCACUGCCCCUUCAACAUCAACCAGUCACCCGCCGACUAUGACAUUCUACUCCCCCCCCAAGCAUUAGAAGACCCCUUCAACAGCCGCCCUUCAUCCCAGCCUCCCCCUCCCCCCCCUCCACCGAUGCGACACAACUUUACUGACCUCUCCUCCUCUUCACUGUCCUCAUCCUGCAACUCCUCCACAUCCUCCUCCUCUGCCAUCGCACAACCACACAGGCCCUCCUCUGGACAUGAACACUUGCUAUUAACCCCAGACACAGUGUUUGACUUGCUGAACGGUGCUGCUCCUCUGCCUCCAGUCAGACGACUCACAGAAAAUGUGAAAGGCUCCAGAGCCUGCCUGGAGUAUGACCAUUUACCAGGUAGUCAAGUAUCCAUGGACUGUUCGCAGGCCCCUGCCAGGCCACCUAAGCCACUGCCCAGGAAGAUCCCUCCUGACCUUCAGCCAGGGAAACCCCACAGCACAGAGUCAGAGACCAUGGAUGCCAAGAUCGCCAAGUUGAUGGGGGAGGGUUACUCCUUUGAAGACGUGAAGCGGGCGCUGAUGAUUGCCCAAUACAAAGUGGAUGUUGCACGAAACAUUCUGCGAGAAUUUGCCUUAGUGGCCCCAAGACUGAACCUCCAGUCCUAGACAGUUACAAGGGGAGUACAAAAAUGAAACUGUGCCUCUGAAUGGACUGAAUAAAAAGGGCUUCUUCAUUCUGCUUGGCCUCAAACUGUUGGAAAAACAAGGAUUAAAACAAAGAUAUUUCAAGGAAAACUUUUAUUGAUUUGCUGAACAGAGAUGACAAAGCAAAAGUGGCAAAAAUCAAAUAGACACAGAGAAUCAAAAAAGAGAGAAAAGACCAUCUGUGAAUGAUUUAUACCUGUGAAAAAAGAACCAGGCUUGUUGAUGUUUACAGUGAGCUUUGCCAGUGCUGUCCUCAGGCUUUCAAAUGCUCCUGCUACUGCUGCUACUGUUCCUUUCGCCUUCUGCCAUGCUCCAGAUAUUAUUUUGAAGGGCUUUUCAAAAGAGCAAGACAUUUCCAGCUCAUUUCAGCUGAUGUGCUCACCUAGUUCAUCAAGGAUCAUUUUUAUUUCCAACCAGUGGGGGGAGCCAGACUCCAUUGUUUCUCUUCUCUAUUUCUCACUGUCUUUUUGACAGUGACAUGCUCCACCUAGUUCUCACUCUCCCUUCUCUUGUGUGUUGCCUGUUAAAGAAUACUCUGCUGUUUUCCCAGAGUCUAACAAUUUCUGGUGAGUCAGGAGUAGUUGGAUGGAGCCAGAGGAUGCCUUAUUUAUCACUUGUUUCACUCAACCUGGAGAAAAUAGUAAGGGGUAAAGGGUAAGCAUUAAGAAAGAGAAGGGUUAGUUAUCACUCUUUGUUUCUGUUCCUAGACCAGAGGAUUAAUCGGCUUAUAAAGCACCCUUUAAAUUACACUUGUCAUCUGAGGACAGCAAGCCUUUGAAUGUACUUGUUCUGUAUGAGUGAGCUUUACCUUUGUAAACUCUGAGCUCCUCACAGACCCAGGUUUGCCCUUAAUUGAUUAAUAGUUUAAAGUGUUUAGUGAAAAUUUUAAUUCCUCAAUUAUCAUACCUGCAUUCAACUCAAGUAUUUAAAUGACAGGAGUGAACCUGUUGUACAGAUCAGUGUGCCAGACUUCAUCUCAGAGACAAUGCACUCAGCAGCCAUCACACUGCAAUUGCCUGUCCCCACUUCAGCUACACAGCCAUCAGGUGAAUAUGUCCACAUUCCCUGCAUGUUUGAGGAAUCACUCUCAAUCCAAUUUGGAAUGAGGGUCACUUGAUAGCUCUGCAGCAUUUAUACGUUUUUACUUUGUAACUGUAAACGCAAUAGAGAUGGACAGUACACUGCAGAGCAUUCAAACUAUGACACAACUCAUGCACCUUCACUGUACAGUACAGGUGAAGUUAAAACUCCCUUAUCUGGAAUCAGCUGUAUUUCUCCCUAAGAUAAGAUAUCUCGGCUGUGCAUAUACUGCAUUUGUUAAAUUUGUUGUAAAACUGUGUUGUUUGUAUUCCCCUUUUUUCCUUUUGGAGUAGUAUGAAAGAUUCUGGCAGAUCUGUGCUAGACCUGUUAGGGGCUAUGGAUGAGAAAACACAGCUAUUAUUUAUUCAGAGGACUUAUCUUUGUAUGUAUGACCUGGAGCAUUUGUGGGUUUUUUCCCUUUCUCAUGUCUUGACUUUUUAAUGAUGUUGGUUAGUUUCCUGAUUUCAGUAAUUUGGAGCGUACAGUGAUACUCUUACUGAUUGAAGUGUUGGCCAGAACUACGGAAUUCUCAUUUACAGUCUGGUAUAAAACCUGCUGCCAGUGGAGCAUGAAACGUCCCUGGUAGUAUUUGCUUUCAUAAUGGCCACAAACAUGUUACUUCCCAACUGGUUCCAGCCAGAUAAGCAAAGAAAGUUUUGUUUAUCAGAAUUUAUCAUCUGGGAAACAGUGGGCUAAUGGAGAUAGGCAGUUUACCAGUUUUCUGGACAAUACAAUCUGAUGCAUCGACAUGAUGUGAUUUUAACUACAGUUUUAACUACUAACUAUCAGUGGCAGGCCAUGCAUUUAACACCUAGGCCUCCACUGGUGUCUUACCUGAAUUAACCUCUUAAUACCAUCAUUAUGAUGUCACAGCUAUAGAAACUAUCAACAAUAUACAGGAAUGCAGUAUAACAGAACUUUACUAACGCAAUGUCAUAAAAACUCAAUUAACACAAUUCAAUAGGUCUCUAAACACUGCAGCCACAGCUGCUCCACACACAUCAUCUCCAGCAGAGGCAUCAAUAUUAACUGAUAAAAUGACAAAGAUGUAAUCAAUAAAAUAUAGGUAAAAUACAUUUUACUCACCAAAUCUGCUGAUUAUUUGUAGACAAAUAAAAAAAACUGCUUCUCUUGAGCAAACUGAAUUAAAUCUACCACUGGGCAGACUCGAAUUUCAGCAUUAGCCUUCAUGAUGAUAGAAAAGGACUUAAUGUUGGAACUGAGAUGCACAGAUCUACAACAGAGCCACUGAAUCUUCCUCCUCCUUCAACUGUUGUGAGUUGAAAAAAUAGCUAUUAAAUCUAUACUAACAGGUUUUAGCUUGCACUAGUAGCUAUAGACGCAGUGUGCUAGCUCUGACCAGUACGCUCUCUGACCAACCAAUCAAAUGAUAUAAAAAUGUUGACGUUACUGUAGACCUGCUGGUCUCGCCAACUUGAAAUCUGAUUGGUUAAAGGAUCUGCGAGGCAACAGUUUCAUCAGCAUUCUUGUUAAAUUACAGGGGCCUGUGCUUUUGAUUCUGAAGGCCUCAAGGCAGAUUUUUUCUUAAUUUGGCAACGCAGGCCUGAAAUCUGAUUGGAUAAAAGCUCUAACAUAAACAGACUUUAUUGGAAGCAGUGCAACCAAGAGGAAAACUAUGAGAUGAAGAGACAAUUGGGAAAAGUGAUCAAUAUUUAGGUGGGUGGUACGUGACAUAGUAACGUCCAAAUGAAUGUCAGGACCAAAGGUUCCUCAGCAGAACAUUGUGUUUAUAACACAACAUGGUUAGGCCAGUGGAGAAGGCCUUGCUGGCCCUGACAGCCCACCACUGCUAAUUACUGAUCAAGACUAAAGUAUUUAUUUAUAUUGACUGUUGAUACAGCCACCUGAGCCACGCACCAUGACUGAACACAUCUGGGUCUGUGCGUGUUUUUGUUUAUGACCAAACAAGAAGAUCCCACUGUCUGUCUGAACUCCUUUUUGCUAUGUGUUGGUCCAAAGUGUACCAGGUGUGAGCUGAAUAAACACACAGAGAACAAUGUGUAGCACUGACUCACCUCCACACUCUCACUUUUCUGAAGCCAUUAUUAGGCUACUAAAAUAAAUUAAGAAGAUUUAUUUGUAGUCUUCUUUACAGAGGGCUUGAAACUGUUGAUUGAUUUAGGGUCCCCUGUGACUGAGGUUCGUCACAAUGUAGAUUACACAGUGUUUGUGGUCAAAUAUUGAAUAGUCUGCAACAAAGGUGGAACCAUAGAUUUGACUGAUUGAUCCUGAUUGACUUUCUUUACUUGAGCGGUGUGUUCAUGUACUGGAGUAAGCCAGGCAUCUCAACAGGUUUCGCAUAAUAAACCAAAGCAACCAGGUUAACGAAAGGUUGCUGUGUGCAUAUAAAUAUUAGUGAACGUGAUCCAUACUUAGCCAUACAAUGCUGUGUGACAGGAUGCACAAAAUGUGUUGUUUCCUUGCAUUUAUUAUUUUAGUCUCAGGUCAGUGUAUCAGAUAACAGACAUCAAAUGACCCCUCACCCGACCCACAUAUUUCCAUAAAGAAGGAUGUUUUCACCCCUUCUGUCUUUGAGCAGCACUUUAAAGGGGAACACCACUGCAAUUAAAAAUUUACAUAUGUUAAUAUGUACAGACCCGAGAGAAUUUGUCAUAACGACUGAUGCUGAGCACGAGGAGUAAGUCUGAGAACCAAGCCUGUUAUCUCUGAUAUCAUCCACAGUGCAGACACAGAUUUACAAAACAUUUCCAGCAUUGUGUGUUAUGGUUAUGCAGCACAACCAUAAAAGUAUGUCAGCUAAACAAAAACAUGUAAAUGUAUAAUUAAGCACUCACAUAAUACUUAGUCAUCAGCCAACAGCCUUAUCUACUCUCCUGAAGAGAUGAAGUCUGGGCUUUAUUACAUUCAUACAUUCAUGUGAUGUUGAUGUAUAUUGUGAUGGUGCUAUUUAUACUGGACCAGAAAAUGUUCUCUGAUCCUCAGAAAGAAACCUGUGAGACUGCUCUCCUUUUCCAACUUAUAGAUUAGAGCAUAGUUAAUGUCUGGUUUAUUUCCAGUAUACUGAGCCACCACACAUAGAAGAUGUGAAAAUCAGCGGCAUUCCCCUAGAGUCUUAAUUUUUUCACAGGUCUUGUCUGUUUUGUUAUUUUCUCAAACUUGAACAACUCUGAGCUCAGAAGUGUCUAUUCCAUUGGACUCCCUAGAAAAAGGGAUGAGUGGCCUUUGGUUGCAUAGGACAGUUUUUAUUUUCUAAUCCAUAUUCAUAGUAAUGUGCUCUGAUAACAAAACCUGUGUUGAGAAUUUGUUAAUUAAUUUAUACAUUGCAAUACUUCCUUUUUUUUAUUCAUUAUUUUCAUUGAUAAGUAAAUAAAAAGUCACAAAUC